CAGCCUCCAUGCGGACGGAGGGUUUGAGACCGAAACGGUGCCAAAGGUGUUGCACUCGUGCGCUCAGAUGAAAGUCAUUAACUAAAGGCGAUUAAUCAGCAAAAUAAAUGAACUUAGUAACUUCACUCCAAAUAUUGCUACAAAUGGAUGAAAUCGUAGUUUUUCAAACAAUAAUAAAAUCUACUGCUCUAAAGUAGAGGAAAUUAUCGAAAAAGCCGAUAAAGAUUGUCGACCAAUAAAAUAAAAAACCCACACCAACAAACAUGGCGUGCUUUCCACGAAAGUUGCGUAUAUUCAAUCGCGCCAAAGCCAGCUUUACGCCAGCGGAGGAUGAAAAUAAAGACACCUUGCUGAAUAAUGCCGCAAAUCCAGUGCAAAUUGGCCGUUAUAUAAGACGAGAGGAGACUGCGCUUUUUACACCCAAAUCUAGUGAGCUACUACGAAAAUCACAGGAGCAAAUCAUUGACAACCGAAGCAAUAGCAACAACAAGGCUGGCAGUAAUAACAGCAAUGGCAACAACAUCGCAAAGAGCAACAACAUAAAUGGCAACAACGCAAAUGGCAAUUUGGUCAACAACGGGAGCGGCAAUGUCAACAGUUUGCCGCCUAAAAAAUUCAUUUCCAACAAAGCACACAAUCUCAGCCGCAACAAUAGCGCCAACAAAAGCAACAACAACUGCAACAAAUUCAGUGCAAGCAACUCACUAUUGAAGCCGGUGAAAGGACGGCGGCCCACGGCGCUGCCGAGCGAUGCACCAAACCUAGAGGAAGAAGAACAACGCGAUGAAGUCGAUGGGAUUGAGGAGUGCAGAGCAUCAAAAGAGCUCGACAAAAUAGUGGAGGCGCAGAUUGGUGCGCUACAUGUCGACAUAAAGCAGGCUAACGGCUAUCGGAGCAACAGCAGUGACCAGGAUACACCCACCACGCCGAGUUCGACGCUGGCGGUGCGCUUCUUUAUUGGCCAGCAUGCGCACGAAGAGGACACUGUGUCCGCGGAGUCUUUAGAUGCCGGCAGUUAUCGCAGCACAAAAGCGGUAACGACGCCAGGCAGCCAGCAGCAACAACAACAACAAAAGCAAACAAAGAAAGUACAGUUGCAAACAGCUAAUGUUACGGAUAGCACCAACAACACCGGCACCUUCAGCUCCCUGCUGCAACUGCCAGCACCCAACAGCCAUGAGUGGAACACACAACACAACGGCAGUCGCCUCGCCAGCGCCGCCUCCUCGCCCACGCUCUACGGACCGCAGGCGACGACACGCAAAUCGAAAUCGAAAAGUUGGCGUAAAGCAAGGGGGAGCUCACCACCUGCAGAGGACCUGCACAUACCACCGCCGCCGCCUUUGCCACCGCAGCCGCUCACCACCGCCUCGUCGUCCGCUUCGUUGCUUUCGAUGCGCAGCAACAAAAUCAAGCGCAGCUCUGCGGUCGCCACGUCCACCACAGCGACGUCGCAUAUCGAAGAGGGCGGCAUUAGCGCCAACGCCGAGUUUGCCACGCCGCCUGGCUACGAUGUGCGGUACGCUGGUACAGGCUCGACGGAGGCAACAACAGCGGCGAGUGAUGCAACAAAUGACAAAGAGCAAACGCCAACGCCAAAGGAAAGUGAUAACAGCGACACACCACAGGUUCAUCGCGUCGAGGGCGGUCUGAUAUUCACGCGUCCUAAUUUGCCCGCCAAGAAGGACGUACACAUCGAGUUCAUUGAAAAGGAUAAUGAAACACGCAAUCUCAUACGCAAGGCCAUCGAACGCAAUGACUUCCUCAACAACUACAUGGACAAGGAGCGCAAGGAGAUGGUCAUCGAUGCGAUGGCGCCGACAUUCUACAAAAAGGACUCUUACAUUAUACAUGAAAAUGAUGAGGGUUCGGAAAUUUAUGUCUCCGAAACGGGUUACUUCGAUGUGAUCAAGGGUGGCAAGGUGGUGGGUAGUUUUGGGCCGACGACAGUAUUCGGUGAAUUGGCCAUACUUUAUAAUGCUAAUCGUUUGGCAUCGGUUAGAGCGACGACAAAUGCACGCGUGUGGAAAAUCACACGUGAGACAUUCCGUCAGAUUAUGGUGCUCUCCGAGUCAAAGGAACGGGAUGAGAAUUUAACAUUUUUACGUGCGGCGCCAUUUCUUAAUGAUCUAUCGGAUGCUGUGCUCAACAAAGUGGUGGAUCUGCUGCAGCGGAAAUACUACGAACCCAAUGCCUGCAUAGUGCGCGAAGGCGAGGUGGGCAAUGAGUUCUUCAUUAUACGUGGUGGUACGGUGACUAUCAAAAAGAAAAAUGAGCAAAAUGUGGAACGUGUGGUGGAUCGACGGAAGCGUGGUGAUUAUUUCGGUGAACAAGCGCUUCUAAAUGCUGACCGACGGCAAGCCAGCGUGUAUGCGGAUGCGCCAGGCACUGAAGUACUCAAGUUAGACAGAGAAGCUUUCAUCAGCUAUCUCGGCACUAUACCACAGCUGCGCGAGAAGCCCGAGGAACGUAAAUCGGCCGAACGAAAGCAAAGCACAAGACAAUCCGAAUUUGACAACGAAUACGCACACAUACAGCUAACUGAUCUGAAAAAGGUAGCAACAUUGGGUGCUGGCGCUUUCGGUUGUGUGGAUUUGGUGACGUACAAUGAUAAAACUUUCGCAUUGAAAAUCAUCAAAAAAAUCGAUGUAAUCAAACAGGACCAGGUAGAACAUGUUUACAGCGAAAAACAUGUCAUGAUGAAGUGUCGUAGCUCGCCGUUUAUUAUUGAGUUAUAUAAGACUUUCCGCAAUGAAAAAUUUGUUUACUUUCUAAUGGAAGCUUGUAUGGGUGGUGAUGUUUGGACGGUGAUGUCACAGCGUCGCUUCUUCGAUGAGCGUACCGCCAAAUUCAUUGCCGGUUGUGUGGUGGAAGCUUUUGACUUUUUACACUCACACAAUAUUAUUUAUAGGGAUUUGAAGCCGGAGAAUUUAAUGUUAACGACGGAUGGGUAUUGUAAGUUGGUCGAUUUCGGCUUCGCCAAGCACAUACCGCCCAAUCAAAAAACGAACACCUUUGCCGGCACACCCGAAUAUGUCGCACCAGAGAUCAUUUUGGAUCGUGGUCAUGAUCGCGCCGUCGACUAUUGGGCGCUGGGCAUAUUGAUAUUCGAAUUGCUUGUGGGUAAAACACCAUUUCGUGGACAAAAUCAAAUCAAAAUUUACCAGCAGAUAUUGGGCGGCAUUGACGUCAUACAAAUGCCCUCGAAGAUACCGCGUUCAGCACAGGGACUCAUUAAGCAUUUAUGUAAGCAAUUGCCGGCUGAGCGCCUGGGUUAUCAGCGACGCGGCAUUUUAGAUAUUAAGCGGCAUAGUUGGUUUGACAAUUUGGAUUGGAAUAAGUUGAAAUACAAGCAAUUGCCGUCACCGAUAAAGCGACCCAUCACAUGCAAUACUGAUCUGCAGUACUUUGGACCAGCUGGUGUGGAGAAUGACUAUGAUCCGCCCGAUGAAACGAGCGGUUGGGAUAUUGAUUUCUAAAGAGCGCAAGCAAUGUCAAUAUUUUUUCGAAAAAGCAAUUUAUAUGUUACAUAAUUAAAGUUAGAAUUAAAUUAUUUACAAUUAUUUUUAGAUGUAAAUUAUAAUUAUUAAUGUUUAAGCGACUUAUUUUGACAAAACUUCUUUAUAAUUUUGUGUAUAUUUUAGACAGACUCUAACGCUCGAGCCAAAUUAGUUAGAUAUUUUAUAAAAAUUGAGACAAAAAAAUUUAAUUAAUCUAUUUACAUGUGUAGAUUGAUAAACAAAUACUUGCCUAGUGAAGAAAGUUGUCUUAUGAUACCGUGAAAUAACGGUAUAUUUUUGGAAAUAAAGAUUCACUGAUAUUAGAAAA